CUCUUUGCUGUUACCAGGGGAACGCGAGCCUGAGAAGUUACCGCUGUGACCGCUUCAGUCUGUGCCCAUAUUGUAAUGAACGCCAGAGAUAAGAGCGCUACUCCUGUAAUCCACAGGUAAACAGACAUGCAUGCAACAGCUUCGCCUAUGGUGGAUGUAACCUAGAGUCGUUUCAACGCAUUUGGCACUACCCUUCAUUGACUGGAAGGUUGGUGCUUUUGUCAGAGAGGCCGGUAAGUAAUAUCCUGCAAAGAUGCCUUCACCACAAGUGCUACAGCCGGUUCUUAAAAUGAAGGUGGAUGAGCUCUUUCUCAACUGGCUGAGCGAUCCUGCCACACAGUCACUACUCAAAGAUUAUCUUGACCUAAUCAAAGGUGGACAGCACAUUGAUUUGAACAGUGGCAACACACAGGACAAGAGGUCGUUGACCUUCAAUGAGAACAACAAUGUGGCAUCCCAAAGGAACCUGGCAGAGAAGAAGCCUGCUCCGCUCAGCACUCCCUGCAGCCCACCUAAUACCAGUACCCUGCCCUCUGGCAGUAGCAGCAAUACUAGAGUGACCGGACCCAACGGCAGAGUACUGCGGAGAUCUGUCAGCACAAAAAAGGCCCAGGUGAGGACGAAGGAGCCUGUCACCACAGCGCUGAGUGAAAGCAUUCCAAAGUUUCACUUCCCACAGGGCCGGCCCCAAGCCAACCUCAACAUCGACAGCCUCAUUUCCAAAAUUGAGAAAAUAUUUUCCCAAUUCCCAAAUGAAAGGGCCACCAUUGAGGACAUGGGCCAGGUUGCCAAGGCCUGUGAGUGCCCUCUUUACUGGAAAAUGCCAUUGUUCUGCUCGGCUGGAGGCGACAGGACCGGCUUCGUGUCCGUUCACAAGUUCGUGGCUAUGUGGAGAAAAACUCUGCAGACCUGUCAUGAUGACGCUUCUAAAUUUGUGCACCUUUUGGCCAAGCCUGGCUGUAAUUACCUGGAACAAGACGACUUUAUUCCAUUCCUGCAGGAUGUGGUGAACUCACAUGCAGGCCUGGCCUUUCUAAAGGAGGCACCAGACUUUCACUCACGAUACAUCACCACGGUGAUUCAGAGGAUAUUCUACAAUGUGAAUCGGUCAUGGACUGGAAAAAUUACGUAUUCUGAGCUCAGAAAAAGUAACUUUCUUCAGAAUUUGGCAUUGCUUGAGCAGGAAGAAGACGUGAACCAGCUCACAGAGUUCUUCUCCUAUGAACAUUUCUACGUUAUCUACUGCAAGUUCUGGGAGCUGGACACAGACCAUGACCUCUACAUUGACCAGAAGGACCUGGCACAGCACAAUGACCAAGCCAUCUCCCAUAAGAUGAUUGAGAGAAUAUUCUCAGGAACAGUAACAAGAGACAGACGGGUGUAUAAGGAAGGUCGGCUGAGUUAUGCUGAUUUUGUUUGGUUCCUUAUCUCUGAGGAGGACAAGAAGACGGACACCAGUAUAGAGUACUGGUUUCGCUGUAUGGACCUGGAUGGGGACGGGGUGCUCAGCAUGUAUGAGCUGGAGUACUUCUACGACGAGCAGUGUCAGAAGCUGGAGACCAUGGCUAUCGAGCCCCUUCCUUUCGAGGACUGCCUCUGCCAAAUGCUUGACCUUGUCAAGCCUGAGGUCGAAGGUAAAAUCACUCUGCGGGACCUUAAAAGGUGCAAAUUGUCCCAUAUCUUCUUUGACACGUUCUUCAACAUAGAGAAGUACCUGGACCACGAGCAGAAGGACCCAUUCUCUGUUAUAAGGGAGGUGGAGACAGACCAGGAGAUCUCAGACUGGGAGAAAUAUGCUGCUGAGGAGUACGACAUCCUUGUGGCUGAGGAGGCUGCCAACGAGCAGUGCAAUGAUGUGUAUGAAAAUCCUUUGAGCCCUAUAGGGCAGCAUAUCUCCAAUGAGCUGGGUCUGACAAAGAGACACUUCUUUGAGAUCCCUAGUCCACAUUGCAACCUGGACCUGGACGAAUAUGAAUAUGAAGAUGAUUUUGAAUGACCCAUGAUCCUGCAGCAUUUUCCCACGAGCCUGCUGAGCGCUGUGCGCUCCCAGACCCGGAGUUCAACCACCAGUGUUGGUAAAUUAGUCGCAUUAAGUCAGAGCGUGCAGGUUUAGGCCCAGUUCCCAUCCAGCAAAACAGGACACAGUUCAAUAAACACGGGGUGAACGCAAACCCGUAAGACACUGUCAGAACACUGGUGGGGUCAGAUGUUCUGUAGAAAUGGACACAGUAUCACACAUACAAAGCGGUCUGAGCAAAGUGGUUCUUCGCCAUACUGUAUAAUAGCAGAUGUUUUAAUAUUUCACCAGUCACAUAGCUGACUUUAUGAUGUCACAAGCAGCCAUUUAGACUUUUGCUCCAUCCCCACAUGUUGACAAAAGAAAAGUUAUGUUUUGCCUGAAAUGCUUUGUAUUAAUAAUGUCUGGGGCGAGUGUUAUUUAAUCUGAACACCAGCGCCUGUACGACAUUCACAUGAGCUGAAUCACAUUCUUUACACACUGGAGCUCCCUUGAUCAAUAGACAGAAACCAUGUUGAUUUGAUUCAGGUCUUGAACUAAUUAGUAUCUGAAGUUAUUGGCUAAUGUUACAUUCCAGUGUUCAUAACUAUGAAGCUGUAAAUUCAUUAAUGGUUGUUUGUUGAAAUGAGAAGCUACUGCAAAUGCCAAACAAGCCACCAUUGAGCCUGCUGUACACACACACGGACACAGUUCGGACUUGCACACACUGCGUAUAUUGUACAGGUUGUAUUCAUUAUGACUUAGAUUAAAUGUAUUUGUGAGAUGGGGUUAUAAAUUAUUAGAGAUGAAUUUAUAAAUAACUGUAAAUAUUAAUUUGGUGCGUGCUGUGUUGUAAAUGAUUUGGGCAAGUGUUUUAGACAAAUUCUUUUUUCUAUGUUAUAAAGUACUUAAUUUGAAUGUACUUUGACAGAACAAAAGGAGCCAAUUUAAAAAAUGUUUUGCUUUUCUGUAAAUUAAUAAUAAAGCCUUGGUCAAUGGAAGAGUAAA